AUGGCGGGACACGCUCAGGGCCCGGCAUCCGCCGACCGUCAGGCACCUCUGCCCGAAGAAGAUUUCAACAUCAACCAGGCACAGAAUAUGGCGCUGGAGGAAGCGUCGGGUGGACAAGGGGAGUCGGGCUCUAGACUUGUCGGGUCGCGGUUUUGGGAGCGGCUAUGGUGGAUCGAGAAACGGUUUCACUACAGAGUGUGGGUUAAUGAGGAGGCCGGAUAUCGUGAUAUCGACGUGGAGAUAGGCUUUAAUCCGGGGGCUGUUUUGCUCUGUUCUCUCUGGGGCGGUAUCAUCUGCAGCGCUUUAUUCCUGGCAUAG